CUUUAAUAGCAAUUAUUUUUGACUCUAUAAAUAUUUUGUGAGAUAAAAUGCCGAAAGAUAUAAUCUUAAAUUGGCGCAACAGUUAAAAGUUUUAUUAGACUAACCUCAAUUCUAAAUAAAAAUGGAGCUUCCGCAGCCGCCACAAGAUCAAGAUCUUCGGAAUAUUAUUGAUAAACUAGCACAGUUUGUCGCAAGAAAUGGCCCCGAGUUCGAGAAAAUGACGAAGAACAAGCAAAAGAACAACCCGAAGUUUAGCUUUUUAUAUGGCGGGGAAUACUUCAACUACUAUCAGUACAAAGUGACGACAGAGCAAGCAAUUCUAAAGCAAUCGUCCGGUGGCCAGCCGGCACCUGCUCCUGCCGGGGCUUAUAUGGCACAGAACAGGCAAUAUGUAAUGCCCCAACAGGCCGCUGUGACGCCCGCUCAGCUGGGCCUCGCGGCUACGAUGGCUGCGGCGCCUGCAUUGCAGCAAUGGCUCGCCAACAACUCUGCUCCCUCUGCACCGCCGCAGCACACCCAACAUGAUAUCGACAACGUCAAUGCACAGAUCAACAUACUUAAAGAGCAAAUCACACAGUCUGAGAGUAAUCUCAAUGCCCAGCAUACGGUGUUGAUCCAGCAACAACAAGCUAAGAUCAAUGAACUAGUAAACAAAGCUCAAGUAGAAAAAAUCCAGAUGAUGGCAGAAGAAAACAAUAUCAGUCUCAGCGAACUGGAUAGUAUUCUACAGCCUAUCAUUGAUACAUGCACAAAGGACAGUAUCUCCACAGGGAAGGGGUGGAUUCUACAGCAUGCUACAUCACAUGAUGCUGGGAAAGUGAUAUCGCAGCAUCUCCUAAGAAAAGUGACACAGUCUGGGGCAGCUUUCACGCAAAAGCUACACAUCAUCUACCUUGUUAAUGAUGUCUUACAUCACUGUGCACGCAAAAACGCAGAAGAUCUCAAGAAAAAUUUGGAAAAUGUGGUGGUCCCAAUGUUUUGCAAUGCCAGUAUAGCUGUUACCGAAGAGCAGGAAGCUAAGCUUAACAAGCUGCUGCGCCUAUGGGAGUCCAAGUCCAAUUAUUUCGAGACAUCUGUUAUAGAAAAAAUGAAGAGCCCCACCAGUUCCUAUCAAGAAUAUCAGAACAACUUGAUCGCUCAACACUCAAAUGCAAUCUCACAUUUAGCACAGCAGACUAAAUCAACAUUUGAAAACUAUCAAACACAGCAUCAAGCAUUCGUCGCUCAUACCAUGCAACAAAUUCAGCAACUUGAAAUGCAGAAACGAGCUAUAGAACUACAAAAUCAAGACAAUGAAAAUAUGCAGCAGCAACAGAACAACAUGCAAAAUUCAUUUCAAAAUAACAAUAAUUUCAAUGACCAAAGCUUCUCACAAAUGAUGGGUUUUGAUCAAGGCUUUAACUCAAACAACCAGCAGUAUGGGAGUGAAAGCGGUGACAAUUACGCAUCUAACAAUAGCAUAAGUGGCAAUGAAAAUAGUUAUGACAGUCAAACAUUUGAUCAGAUCACAAAUCAGAAAAAUAAUGACAAUGUCGAAGAACCUGAUUUGUCAAAUCUGCCCAACGUCAAUUUCUCCCAGCCACCGCCGGGAUUCAAGCCUAAUAAUUCGGCAUUGCUAGCAUUCCAGAAUGGUCUUCCAGAUCUUACGAAACCCCCACCAGGCUUCCCUCCAUUCCCUGAAGUGAAUAAUGAAGAUCUGAUGCCUUCCAUUCCAUACUUUGAGUUGCCCGCUGGUUUAAUGGUACCACUGAUAAUGUUGGAGGAUGACAGAUAUAAACCGUUGGACCCCGCCAAAAUCCGUUUACCACCUCCUGCCCCACCGAAUGAAAGAUUACUUGCUGCAGUUGAAGCUUUCUAUGCAUCACCAAACCAUGAACGACCCAGAGACAAUGAAGGCUGGGAGAAACUAGGUCUCUAUGAAUACUACAAAGCCAAAAAUGCUGCUCGAAAAACUAAGGAAGAAGCAAUAGCACAGGGUCUUAGAGAAAAAUCAAGAACUCCAAGCCCCAUCCCUAAAGACUUACAGAAACAACCUUCCCCUCCAGGAAGAAGAUACAGGUCGAAAAGUCCUACUCCAGAAAAACGAUCAUCACCAGUGCGAUCAAAGUCACGGUCACCUUCACCCAGGCGGAAAACAUCCUGGCGGAGGGAGCGAGAGAGGGAGAGUCGACGACGGUCGCGAUCACGAUCUAGGUCGCGGUCGCGGUCACGCAGCAGGUCGCGCGAGCGGGAGCGAGAGAGAGAUAGGGAGCGGGAACGGGAGCGAGAGAGAGAGAGACACGUGGAGUCGCCGCGGACGAGGCGCGUCGAGCGAUCCCGGUCACCGACCCCACCGAGCUUCCUUGGAGGCGCAUACCCUAGUACAUCGAGCGGUUUGGAUGCGAGUAACAAAGGACACCAAUUGCUACAGAAGAUGGGUUGGAGCGCUGGAGGACUAGGCGCUUCGGGCCAAGGCAUAGCGGAGCCCAUCAGUGGUGGCACAGUCAGGGACAAACAGGACCAGUAUAAAGGUGUUGGAGUAAACUUAAAUGAUCCUUACGAAAACUUCAGAAAGAACAAAGGUGCGGCAUUUAUUACUAGGAUGAAAGAGAGAGCCUUGGAGCGUUCAUCGUGAUCGCAGUUGACUUA